AGAAAACUCAAAGGCAGAAGCUGGCUUGAAGGCAACUCCCAGGGAAAUCCUUCCUCACCCUAAGUCUUACUGCACCAAGGAGAUUAGCACUAACUGUACAUCUCACCAAGCAAGAUGUCAUCAGCUAAGGGAAUAUCCAUUGGCAUCGAUCUGGGUACCACCUACUCUUGUGUUGGGGUUUUCCAGCAAGGGAAAGUGGAAAUCAUUGCCAACGAUCAAGGCAACAGGACAACCCCCAGCUACAUGGCCUUUACUGACACAGAGAGGCUCACCGGAGAUGCUGCCAAGAACCAAGUUGCCAUGAACCCCACCAACACAAUCUUUGAUGCCAAACGACUCAUUGGAAGAAGGUUUGAUGACCCAGUGGUCCAGUCUGACAUCAAGCUCUGGCCCUUUAAGGUAACCAAUGACAAUGGCAAGCCUAAAGUCCAGGUGAAAAGGGAGAAUAAGGGAGAAAUAAAGACCUUCUGUCCUGAGGAGAUUUCCUCGAUGGUCCUGGUUAAAAUGAGAGAAAUAGCCGAGGCCUUUCUGGGUCAGAGGGUGUUGAAUGCGGUCAUCACAGUGCCAGCUUACUUUAAUGAUUCCCAGAGGCAAGCCACAAAGGAUGCUGGAGUGAUCUCUGGACUAAAUGUUCUGCGGAUUAUAAAUGAGCCCACAGCAGCAGCCAUUGCCUACGGCCUGGAUAAAGAUAAAAGAGGAGAGCGCAAUGUCCUCAUUUUUGAUCUUGGCGGAGGCACUUUUGACGUGUCUAUCCUGACCAUUGAGGACGGCAUAUUUGAGGUGAAAGCCACAGCAGGGGACACACACCUUGGCGGGGAGGACUUUGACAACCGAAUGGUCAGCCACUUUGUGGAGGAGUUUAAAAGAAAACAAAAGAAGGAUAUCAGCCAGAACAAGAGAGCAGUGAGGAGACUGCGCACAGCUUGUGAGAGAGCAAAGAGGACCUUGUCCUCCAGCACUCGGGCCAGCAUUGAGAUUGACUCGCUCUUUGAGGGCAUUGACUUUUACACCUCAAUCACACGGGCACGUUUUGAGGAGCUCAACUCAGACCUCUUCAGGGGAACUCUAGAGCCAGUUGAGAAGGCCCUACAAGAUGCUAAGCUGGAUAAAUCCAAUAUUCAUGAAAUUGUCCUAGUUGGUGGCUCUACAAGAAUUCCCAAAGUCCAGAAGCUCCUAUGGGAUUUUUUCAAUGGUAGAGAUCUAAAUAAGACCAUCAACCCUGAUGAGGCGGUAGCCUAUGGUGCAGCAGUUCAGGCUGCUAUCCUCAUGGGUGACACCUCAGAGAAUGUCCAAGAUCUACUGCUCCUGGAUGUGGCACCCUUGUCUCUGGGCAUUGAGACAGCUGGUGGGGUUAUGACACCCCUUAUCAAGCGGAACACCACCAUCCCCACGAAGCAAACUCAGAUCUUCUCCACAUACUCAGAUAACCAGCCAGGAGUCCUGAUUCAGGUGAUUGAAGGUGAGAGAGCUAUGACCAAGGACAACAACCUCCUGGGAAAGUUUGAGCUCACAGGUCUCCCCCCUGCUUCCAGAGGAGUGCCACAGAUAGAAGUCACUUUUGACGUUGAGAUCGAGAAGAUGGUGCAGGACGCAGACAAGUACAAGGCAGAGGAUGGCAUCCAAAGAGAGAAGAUCGCAGCAAAGAAUUCUCUGGAAUCCUAUGCUUACCACAUGAAGAGCAGUGUUGAGGAUGAUGCCUUGAAAGGAAAAAUCAGCGAGGAGGAAAAAAAACUAGUCGCUGACAAAUGCAGCCAGACAAUUUCCUGGCUUGAGAACAACCAGCUGGCAGAGAAGGAUGAGUAUGAACAUCAGCAAAAUGAGCUGGAGAGGGUGUGCAAACCAAUUGUGACAAAGUUGUACCAAGGAGCAGCAUCAGGGAGCUGCAGCAGCCAGGCUGGAGGUAGCUCUCAUGGUCCCACUAUCGAGGAGGUUGACUAAACCUACGGACUGCAGAAUUUCACUUCUGGUGAAAGAUUUCUGACUGAUCCAAAACUUUUCAUUGUUUCCAGAUAUUAAUAAUAAACAUAUUUUGGAAAACA